CGGCUUUCUCCACAGGUGCUGUUCCGGGCGGUCACCUUCGCGCUGAACGCGUUCACUCUGCGCUACCUCUCCAGGGAGCUGAUCGGCGUGGUCAAUGUGAGGCUCACUCUGCUGUAUUCAACGGUUGUCUUCUUGGCCAGGGAGGCAUUUCGCAGAGCUUGUCUGAGUGGAAGCACCAAGAGAAACUGGACCAAAACGAUUAAUCUGUUGUGGCUGACAGUCCCUCUUGGUGUUUUUUGGUCUGUUUGCUUGGGCUUAGUCUGGCUACACUUGCUCGAAGUACCUGAUCCUUCUGUGGUUCCUCAUUAUCAGGCUGGUGUAGUAGCAUUUGGUCUUUCUGCAAUUAUUGAACUUCUGGGAGAACCAUUCUGGGUUUUAGCACAAGCUCAUUUGUUUGUGAGACUUAAGGUGAUUGCUGAAAGCCUUUCAGUAGUGUCAAAAUGCAUUUUGACAGUUAUUUUAGUAGUCCUUUAUCCUCAGUGGGGCCUCUACAUUUUUUCCUUGGCUCAGCUUUUAUAUACCAGUGUGCUGGUACUGUGCUAUGUUAUUUAUUUUGUGAUGUUUUUGGGAUCUCCUGAAGCAACAAAGAAGUCAUUUCCAGUUGCUAGAAUGAAAGCUCUGUUGCCUAACUUGGUGGAAGAUGAGAGUUUUGUUAACUGGAAGGAAGCACGGCUGACAUGGAGUUUCUUCAAACAGUCCUUCUUGAAACAGAUUUUGACAGAGGGUGAACGCUAUGUGAUGACAUUUUUGAAUGUGUUAAAUUUUGGAGAUCAGGGUGUGUAUGAUAUCGUGAAUAACCUCGGUUCACUGGUGGCCAGGUUUAUCUUUUUGCCUAUUGAGGAGAGUUUUUAUGUCUUUUUUGCCAAAGUGUUAGAAAGAGGGAAGAAUGUAAAGGAUCAGAAGCAGGAUGAUGUUGCUAUGGCUGCAAAUGUAUUAGAAUCGCUGUUGAAACUUGUGCUUCUGACUGGCCUUACCAUCACGGUUUUUGGCUAUGCCUAUUCUCAGCUGGCUCUUGAUAUUUAUGGAGGCUCAAUGCUCAGUUCUGGAACAGGUCCAGACCUCCUCCGAUGUUACUCGUUAUAUGUCCUAUUUCUUGCUGUCAAUGGAGUAACGGAAUGUUUUACGUUUGCUUUGAUGUGUAAAGAAGAGGUGGACAGGUACAAUUUUGUUAUGCUGGCCUUGUCUUUCACAUUUCUGUGCAUCUCUUAUUUCUUGACUCACUGGCAUGGCAGUGUGGGUUUUAUUCUUGCCAACUGCUUUAACAUGGGUAUUCGAAUAGCUCACAGCAUCCACUAUAUCUAUGAUUACUUCAAAGAAAGCACUUACAGACCUCUGAUGGGCUUACUUCCCUCCCCAUUUUUGGUGCUCAUUUAUAUCAUAAGUGGAGUGAUCACUGGUUUCUCAGAGGUGUUCUUCUGCUGCGAUAAGGGUUGGAUGGCAAGGCUGGUGCACAUCAGCAUGGGUGCUCUGUGCUUUGCCACAACCAUCGUUACUAUGUUCUGCACAGAGACCAAGCUGAUCCACUUUGUCAGAAGCCAGUUCCUCUCCCGGUAUAUGAAGAAAGGAACAUGA